AUGUCCCGCGAAUCGUCGAUCUCCAAGUUUCCGGACUCAAUUCCUGGAUUCGCCUCACCGCUGUCCAACGCCUCUGGUAUUAAAACCGAGAUUGAUGAGGAUGAUAGAAAAUUUGUGCUGACCACUUCGCAAUCUCGGAAAAGAGCGAAGGCAAGCACCGCGAGCUACCAAGAGGUCAACUGGGACCAAGACGGCGAUUAUACACCGACUUCGAAAAAGCGCGCAGCCGCCAAAGACGGCCGACCUCGGGGUAGGCCUAAAAAAGGAUCGACACCAUCUACCACUACGUCGGCUAGCAAGCUGCGCGGUCGUUUAUCUGAAGACGCAAUUUCUGGCGUUGAGCAGAUGCACGAGGAAAUUCUUCGACAACAGCAGGCUGGCAUUGCUCGCCUUCCCAUCUCGGCCGACUCACUCCACAUCCCACCCGGCUGUGUGGUGCUCAAUCCGGCAAAUGAGCUCGACAAAUAUCUGAUUAAAAUCCGGGAGCAGUUCAGCGAGAUGUGCCCAUUCAUUAUCUCCGAUGCUUUUUUUAGCGCGGUGCGCCAGGAAAUUCGGGCUGAAGAACUGAAACAAAUUGAGCUAAAGGAGCGCCUGCGCGUCUGCACCCAAAACAUCGACCAUCUGAAGCAAGAUAUGGGGGUCGGCUUGCUGAAGGUGCGGCUCCAGGAAUUGGGAAUGGCAGAGGUGGAAACCCCCGGCGAACUGCUCAAUCGAUCCAAGCAAAUAGUUUGCUACCACAAGGACGUCACGCAGCGCUGCUCAACAUUGGAAUCCGAAGUGGCCGCGAUGGAAAGCAAAUUGAGGACGUAUUUGCCGUAUGGUGAUCGCCUGAUCGACCGGAUGUAUAACGUAGACCAGACGUUUUUCGCUGAUCCGACUCAUGUUGAUCCUUACCUGGAAUUGAUCCAAAUAGCCUGCAUCGAAUCGGGCUGUCAACUAUUAGUGCCUCGCACGGAAGAGACGUCAGAACAACAAUCACAACAAGAACCUCCUGCUCAAUCGCCUGGAGCUCAACCGGCUGCCCGCCGGCCUCGUCAUCGUUCUCGCGUUACAUCAAAACGUGCUGCAGCCGGAGCCAAGUCGGAAGAGACCAGCGAGGAAAUGGAGCGCCAGAUCCAGGAAAUUGUCCAAAAAGCGCUCAAGGUCGACAGCGCGGCCAAAGAAAAAGAACCCGGCUGCCCGCCUAUGACCGUGGUCGAAUUCAGUGAGGUGCCGGAAGUGGCGAGUGAAACGACUGUUGUAACAACCGGAACCGAGGGAGAAAACGGAGAUGUCUCUAUCAAUUCUGAGGGCGACAAACCGGCUACACCCCAAAAC